ACACACUCACAAUCUCUUUCUCCCACCUCCUGCACCGUUACCGUUAGUGAGUGUGUAAAAGCUGCACCUCUAUAAUCCACAUGAUGAACCAACACUAACUUGAGGAAGAACCGCUGCUUCACUCCAGCUGGUGAAGAUCUGCACAGACGGAGCUUCUUGGUUUAUUGCUGGUUUUCACACCGGAUCAUUUAAGACAGAUUUUUUAAUCCUAAAAAUAAACAGGAGACUUUUUCCUUUAGGACUUUAGACAAAAUGGAUGAGGACGAAAACAUUCACCUUACUGUAGCAGACUCCACACAUUUCUUCUUCAGUAAGGGGAAUGUUUUAAAGGAGUGUGAGGAUUUUGAUGAGAAUUUCUUGAAUUUCAGUCUGCUGCCUGCUGUGUUUAUUAUACUACUGCUGUCAUUCGUACAGCGGAGAAAGAAGAUUUAUGGCUUUGAGAAGAGAUUUCUGUGUCUAAGCGGCCGAUUCGGUGUAGUGGUGCCUGUGGACUUCACCAGCACUCAGGAGAAUCGAUGGUCCUACGCUUUUGCUUUUGGUGCCGUCACUGGUCAAAUGCUCAGUCUGAUCUUUGGCAUCAACGGCCUGCUUCCUUUCACACUGCCUUCUUAUCUCAAAGUGUUUCUGUAUAUGGCAGCUGCAAUGAAGGUGGGCGUGGCCUGCAUGCCCUUAUUCUGCUGCCUGUCAACACCACACAAAUUGCUGGGAGGAGUUUUGGGCCUGCUGUUUUCACUCUUUUGGUUCACUACGAGCAUGUAUGAGUUAGUCUGGUGCAAUGAUUGGACAGCAGUUAACAAGGGUUUGAGAGAUUACUUAUUAGAAAACGAGUGGUUCCUGGAUCUCCCACAUUUAUUGUGUCUGGGCUUCCUGGUGUGUCGGUUUGGGUACCAGGUGGUGAUGGACAUUCUCAACUGUCUGAAAAAACAGAACCAACAGACAGAAAUAAAUAAAGAGCAGUACAAGUACGUACAGAGAUUAUUGCAGCGCUUAGAUGAAAGGUCUGUGCAGAAGAGCUGGUUUCAGAGGAAAGUGUAUGAGUGGGAUCCGUAUUUUAAAUUCCCAAACAGGAUCAUCGCCACCGUCGUGCUCUGCUUCCUCAGUUUGUACAUGAUGGUGAUGCUUGAGCUGGUGUUUUCUUUGUACGUUUUCGACGAGUUGUAUGACAUGUGGGAUAAAUUAUCUCAUUUAUUCACCAAAUCAGAUUUCAUCCAACACCUGAAAUAUUUAAAAUGGUCCUGGUACGUCUCUUCAGCCUGCGCCAUCUUUUCCUCUGUCGUUCACAUCAGCCGUGUGUUGGUGUGUUACAGGAAACAGAUCAAAUCUUUGUGGGCCGGACAAAAAAUAUACUUACCCAGGAAGUACCAUCCGAGUCCUACGUCUAGUCUGGGCGGCCUGCUGAAGUACCCCAGCUACCAGAUCGCCUUCAUUCUGUGGGGUUAUCUGAUCGUGCACUUGGCCUUGUUCCUGGGUGGCUUGGUGUUUGUGUACAUGGUUAUAUCUCCGAUCUGCACGAACGGCUUCCAGCACUGGCUGACUGAUCUGAUCAUCGUCCUGGCGAAUUUCUUCGUGGUUCUGGCUGUGAUGGGGCUCCAGCGUAUGUUCAUCCACAUGUUUUUCCUGCAGGAUAAAAACUCUCCUAUGGAUAAAGACAAACCUUUAGCACUCAAUAACAGGAAGGUCUUCCACAACGUGAACUACUUCCUCUUCUUCUUUAAUGUGAUCCUGGGUGUGAUGAGCUGUAUGAUGCGCUUAAUAAAAAGCUCGGCCGUGGGGCUGAUGCUGCUGCCGCGUAUCGAGCGAGCCAUAAUGCCGCAGGGCUUCGAGAGGCUGGACAAGUGUUACUGUACCUGGGUGGGGAUGAUAAUAACAGAUCAUCAUCACAGUAAUCCAGUUCUGCUGUGUUUCUGUCACCUGCUGCUGCGGCGUGUCCGAGUGGACGAGACGUUAGGCUCCAGAUCAGAGCGUGCUGUGAGAGAGCGAGCUCGAACCCGCUGGUUCCUCAUGUACACGCUGGUGAGGAACCCAAAACUCAUCCUGAUGAGAACGCGAGUGGAGCAGAGCAAAAAUGACAGGGAGUUCGCCUUCGCCUGGGCCGUCGCUAACACGCCGUAGCCGCAGUGCAGCGCGUCACACAGAGAGAUCUCUCAUUAAUUAAUGAAGCUUCAGGAGUUUUAUAUAAAUCAGUAGUGUAGUGUACAGCAGUGUGUGUGUGUGUGUGUGUGUGUGUGUGUGUGUGUGUGUGUGUGUGUGUGUGUGUGUGUGUGUGUGUGUUAACGCUCUGUGACUUCCUGAUGUGUCUCCACCCUCUGAGACUCCUGGAUCUGAUACUUUUAUAUUUGAUAUUGUUCUUGAUUAUUAUCUCAUUGUUUGUAGAAUUGUUGUGUAAUUGUGUGAUUAUUGUUGUAUUUGUGUUGAAGUUCAGAUUUGUGUUGCAGUAUUAAGAUGGAACUACUGCUGAUCAUAAGGAUGGAAGAAUAAAAUAAAUAAAUAAUAAAUAUCUGGAA